AUGCGUCAAUUUGCUUCAAGUUGGUUUAAAGGUUCACAUUCAACUUGGUUGGAGUAUAGUGUGGAGAAAGAUGUCACAUAUUGUCUUUGUUGUUAUUUGUUCAAAAAUAAAUUUGUUCAUGAAACUACGGGUGAUUUUUAUGCUUCAAAGGAUUUUAGGAGUUGGAAUAAGGCUCUUGAAAGAUUUCGUUUACAUGUCGGUAAAGGUAAUAGUGUUCACCAAAAAUGUUACAAUAAGAUGCUAGAUUUUUCAAAUCAUCGUCAAUCGAUUCAAGUUGUUCUUGACAAACAUUCUCAAAAGGCAAAAAGUGAAUACCGAAUUCGUUUGGAAGCUUCAAUUGAUGUGGCAAGCCUUCUUUUGUAUCAUGGAUUGCCUUUUCGAGGUCAUGACGAAAGUGAAUCUUCAACUAAUCAAGGCUACUUUUUAGGAUUUUUGCGGUGGCAUGAAGACAAACAUUCGAAUGUGGGAAAAGUGAUAUUAGAAAAAGCUCCACAAAAUGAUACUUUGACUUGUCCUAUGAUUCAAAAGGAUAUUGUCAAUGCUUGUGCGAAAGAAAUAUUAAAAGUUAUAAUUGAGGACUUGAAUGGAGAUUACUUUGGGAUAUUAGUUGAUGAAUCCAAAGAUAUCUCACACAAAGAACAAAUGGCUCUUGUUUUGAGGUAUGUCGAUAAGAAUGGUGAAGUUAUAGAACGAUUUAUCGGUCUUGUCCAUGUUAGUGAUACAUCGGCAUGCUCAUUGAAGAAAGAAAUUUAUUCUUUGCUUUCAGAUCACUCACGAAGUUCAUCCAAAAUACGUGGACAAGGUUAUGAUGGAGGAUCCUUUAAGCGUAGAGAUUUACUUCGUCAUCAGCAAGCCAAAAAUUUGAAGCAAUUACUUGAGUCCGGUGAAGCUCAUAUCAGACAAGAAUUACAUCAAGAACGUGGUCUUCAAAGACCGGUGAUUGAAAUUGAAGGUUCUACCUCAAGUGAUAGAAAUCAAGCGGAAUAUCUUUUGACAAAGAAUAUGAAAUCUCGUCGUGGGCAAUUGUAA